AUGCGAAUCUGCUUCGAGCUGCUGGACAUGCUCAAGGCACUCAAGAAGGGUAUCCGAAGAGCAGCCAACAACACCCUCGGCUUCAACGCCAAGACGAUUGGUCCCCAGGGUGUGUUGGCAACUCUGCUAAACAACCUGCGAGACCAAGAGAGAGUCCACCCACAGCUGGUGGCCCUGACUGGGUGUCAUGGUAGACAAGAACCGGCACCUUUGCUCAAGAAGGAUCCCGCCGAUUUUGCAACACGAGGCCCCAUCCUAGUGGCAACCACUCGGACGAACUGGAUUGGUGAGACUUGGAAAGACUAUUUCACUGCGAAUCUGUUUGUUCCAGAUUACAAGACAAUGGCAGAAGCGAUCAAUUUGUCCUCCGUCGUGUUUCCCGCGAGCUUGACCUCUGGGGGUACCGGUCGCUCCAUCAGAAGCCCUCCGAGAUUGAUCGUACUUCUACUAAAACGAGAUCCCCUAUCCUUCGUUGGGAGGUUCGAGAACGCUGAGCGACGGCCCGAUAUGAUCGGUCUGCUCGAGUGGAUGCUGCUGCUGCUUGUCGAUGGGAAUGUCUCUCUGGCACCCCGUCAGGAGAACAUUAAGCGACACUGCCGCUCUCUGCACAGAGAAGACGAGCGUUACGCGUGCCAGGAGUGCGAUAAGACCUUCUCACCCAGCGACAAUCUUCCCCAACGCGCGCGAGACAAUGCCAAUGGUGCUAUCGUCAUGAACCUCAUCACAUCGAUGGCCGGCCUCAAGGCGGCGCCUUUCGGCGACGCCAACCAGCACAACUCUUCUUCGGAUGGCGGUUCAACCGAGACGGACGAGGAUGUCGACAAGGAUUUCUUCCCAGAUCUGUUUGUCGAUAAGAGGAAACUCGACCCUGCGUUUCACCGUGAGAUCGAGCCAGAGAAGUUCAGGUCCCCCGCAAGCAAGUCAGGCGGCGUGUUCGUCCAAGAAGCAAGGGCCCAAGUCAAGCAAGUAGCCCGUUGCCGGUCCGUCGACCGCUGGUGGAUAUAUUACGUGUACGACUUCUUCCUGAAAAGCAAGUUCCGCUCUAUCUUCAAAGCGAUCGGAGUCGUUAACACUGUUAAGCAUGCGGCCGCAAGAUCGCUGAUCCCAACCUACAGCUUGUCAAUGUCGGCACCAGAAAAGCCGACAUAUCUGCCUGCUGAGCUUUGCAUGGUCUGCGAGGGCCAGAAUGCCUCGGCGAAGCUGGACCCAAGUCAAUACUUUGGCACUCCCCUGUUUUACGGACGAGACAUUCAGGAGUACAAGAAGUUUGCCAUGGCAUGGUACGGCAUGUUGCGGCAAGAUCUUGAAAUCUUGGCGCCCAAGACGCAGAAGAUGAUCAACUCUGCAGUCCGCGAGCAGAUGAACGCCGCAGGACCUAUCGUCGACGACGGUAACCCUUCCAGUUUGUGCGUCGUGAUUGCUUUCCAUCAAACGACGGACCUAUUCCCGGUGGAUGAAGCGUACUCAAUGAUGGAGGGCGACGCGAGCCAUGUUGCCAAGGUUCUCGACUGGGUCGCUACUUUCAAGGAGAAGGACGAUGCCGAUGAGUACCUGAAUGGCGCCGACAUUCGAGCUGCAGCCGCGCUUGCGAUCGCCUCCCUCUGUUCCGCAUUCGAAAACACAGAGAAGGGGCUGCGCUCCUUCUAUGGGAUGGCGGGAAGCAAGAAGGUACGGUCGAUACCUAAACCUCUUUCCAACGUGCGUGGAGGUGACCGAUCAGCGGCCUCCGAGCAGAAGAAGAAAAGGGCAGCAGAGGACCGCACGUUCAGAUACACGAAGUCUUUCCCAUACGGCGAUAUGGACCUGGCAAAUGGCAAUCAGUCAUCUCACGGUACGCUUGCCGGAUCGAGGUCAUGCAAGAAGGCUGCCGCGGAGUCCAUCCCGGUCAAUUAUGAGGCUUCCUUCCGUUUGUGCGCCAUAACUCGCCGCCAGAUGGUCGAGGAUAUCAGCGCAUCUGUAUACGAUGUGAACUUCUGCUGCGAGGAACUCGAUUCCCUGCCAGACUUCACGCCGCAGGAGACGCGGACUCUACAAAUUCGAGACAUUGUCUGGGACGCGAAAGGACUCUACCGGGUCAAAGAGGAUCUCGGUAUCAUGAACGCCCCCGUGGCGACAUAUUUUCGUGCUGUACAUUCUCGACAAGGGGUAAGCGACAAGAAGGAUGGCGACGUGGGAGUAUCUCGAGUUCCUGUAGAUACCCUUGGAUAUGGCUCCUCGGUCCACUUCACGGGCGAGAAGGUGGAAGAGAUGACCGAGCUCCUGAGGGAGCACUGCUCAAGUGACGAGCUUUACAUGGAGACGAGCUCUACCUGA